GAUGAAGAUUCGAGAGACAAAGAAUCUUGGUAUAUUAAAUCUGUCAAAUUGUACGGAAAGAGGAAAAUCUUUGACUGUUUAGUUUACAAACGGCCAUGCUCCGGGGAAAAUUGCGUGAAUGAUAUGAAGUUUGAUGGUUAUGCUUACACCGUACUGAACAUGGGGAAUUACCUAAUAUCCUAUGAAGUUCUAAGGGAAUACAUGUUCUUGUUUUUGAAAGGAGGAUGGUUUUGAAUGCCCAACGUGCAAAAGUGAUCCCGAAAUUAUCAUAUGUGACGGUACAAGCUUGGCAUAUAGAAAGAACUUAUGUUCAACUCUACACAUCCCAUCAGUGCACUACUACAACGGCACAAUCCGGUCAUGGAAGCAGGCACAGUAACAGAGUUUUUGUGAAAUCGAAGGAUACAAGAAAAUCACUGAAGAGAGUUUGUACAGAUGUAUCCGCAAUUGAUAUAAAUGAGCUAAAUGCACUUCAAUCCGAAUUACACCAAAGUAUACCGUCCCUGGCAAAUUUUCUGGACUGGUGCCUUGCGAUUUAUGGUAAUGAAGCCGCUUUUCCGAUUGGUAUUUCAAAGUUCAUAAAGGACAUUUCCUGUAAUACCCCUAUUUGUGCUAUUCUCCCUCUUGAUGAAGAAUUACGACGUGUUUGUGACAAAAUUAAAAGAAGUGUGCCUGUUAAAGAAUUUCCGAGUGAUAUGGAAUUGUUGCAAAGAAAGUGUCCUGCUUUAUUUGGCAUUUUCUCAUCUUUAAGUGAUUCAUUUGCACCUGCAGAAUUCAUACCUUUGUUGACCGACCUGCUCAAUAUUGCUGACAAUGCUUUCAAAGAUCGUGAAGCACCGCAGGAUGAUUCUGUUGUAAAUCCUUCCUCGCUGUUAGCAAACUUCCCUUCCCUAAAACCUGUUCGUGGCAGAGGGACAUACGCUGCAGACAAAGGAAAGCAAACGUUUGAGAAUCCAUGCACGAAAAAGUCUGGAAGACAUCCCACUCUUCUUCCUGGUAUAUUCCUUAUUUUUUGUCAGCAUGGUAUAAACUAUGGAUACUCCGUAAUGACUACUAACGAAUCCCCAGAUAUGCCAUUUACAAUCUUGCGAUCUCGAUUUACACGAGGUAACACUGUGAACGUGUGA